UUGCGUCCACUUGACAAGUAGCCUGGGAGACGCCAGUGGGGGAAAUGUAACUCAAAAUGCGCGGCUCCUUUAAUACGAGCAAUCAGUACGGUUUCGAGAGACAUGGCGACUACAGCAUCUAAUCGUUACAGUAUCCUCACAUCCAGCUCGUCCAUAGUGCACGCGGAGCCCGGGGGUAUGCAGCAAGCGACGGCGUACAGAGACGCACACACAUUGUUGCAAAACGAUUAUACGCUGCAGGGAAAUGGUCAUCCGCUGAGCCACGCGCAUCAGUGGAUAACGGCACUGUCCCAUGGAGAGGGGGGCCCGUGGCCCUCCAGUCCCCUAAACGAACAAGACAUAAAGCCUACGGUGCAAAGCGGUAGAGAAGAGCUGCACAACUCCAGCAAUUUGCAGCACCAGCAGCGGCCACCUCAUCUGGCGCAACAGCCGCACGGGACCCAUCCGGACUCGAGGGCAUGGAGAACAACCACAGCCGCUCACAGCAUGCCGAGCAUGUCAACGUCAAACGGACAGAGCCUUAUUUAUUCGCAGUCUGGCUUCAGUGUGAACGGGGUGAUUCCGAGCAGCGGACACCAUCACGCCCUGAGGGACACUCACGAUGACCACCACAGCCCGCACCUCAGCGAUCAUGGCCACCAGCAAUCCCAGCAUCAGCAGCACCAAGGCCACCACGACCACUCCGACGAGGAUACGCCGACCUCCGACGACUUGGAACAGUUUGCUAAGCAAUUUAAACAGCGGAGGAUCAAGCUGGGCUUCACGCAGGCGGACGUCGGUCUGGCUUUAGGCACACUGUAUGGAAAUGUGUUUUCACAGACCACGAUCUGCAGGUUCGAGGCCCUGCAGCUCAGUUUUAAGAACAUGUGUAAGCUCAAGCCUUUGUUGAACAAGUGGUUGGAGGAAGCGGACUCUACCUCCGGGAACCCUACCAGCUUGGACAAGAUCGCUGCACAGGGGAGGAAAAGAAAAAAGCGGACAUCCAUUGAGGUGAGCGUGAAGGGAGCUUUGGAAAGCCAUUUCCUUAAGUGUCCCAAACCACCGGCUCAGGAGAUUUCUUCUCUGGCGGACAGUCUUCAGUUGGAAAAAGAGGUGGUCAGGGUUUGGUUUUGUAACAGAAGACAGAAAGAAAAACGAAUGACGCCUAUCGGUGGACUGCUCCCGGGAACCGAGGACGUCUAUGGGGACACGCCGCCCCACCAUGGGGUUCAGACACCGGUAGAGUGAACACACAUGACUAGACUAUUAUGAUUUUGUGUCCUUACGUUUCUGUUAUGCGCAACCAAGCAGAGUGGGCUAUCCUGAGCGAUAGCGGAUGUGAUGGUUAUGUUUGACCUACAUGGAGAGCACCAAGGCAAUGCAGUGAGUAUCAUAACACCACAACAUACACUGAAAACGAUUUCACUAAAGAGUGGAGAGAAUGUAUGUCCGCAACAAAAAAUA